CAACUAUAGACCAACGUGAGUUGCACACCAAACAUAAACAAUGAGGAAUGCUAGUUGUUAAAUUAGAAGCAUUCGUGCUGGACACGGGAUGCACCUCAUUGACGUCAACUACCCUAGAUACGAAAGCCACGUCACGGUUUGAUGGAAUGAUUUGUGUACAGUGAAGGACACGUCAACGGUAAGGGACCUCUUGUAUGUUUGCCAAAAGUUCCUAUUAUCGUUUAAAUGAGUGCAUCUUUGCUCCUCCCUUGAAACUGCACAAGCCUAAUACAGUACGUUGUCCCCAAGCCUUUCUCUGAAGCCUCUAAGCUAUCGUUAGCAGGUUAUGCCGCAUAUGGUGUACCGGAAAGUCAGAGUGUGAUAAACCUGGGAGAGAAUCAAAUUGGAUAAGGUAUCGUUUACUUUCUCCUUUAUACAACUUACUUAAGCUUUAUUUUAAAAUACUCACACGAGUCCAUGGAAUUUAAUUUUAAUUAAGUUGAGUCGCAACUGAGGGAAGUAUCAGUCUUAAGAAAAAUCUGUGGCCUUAAAAAAAUGUCUUCUUUUUGACUUCAGUUACACAAGAUUAUGUAAAUACUAUUGAGUUGGAAUAAAAUUAAAUGGUCAUCUUAUUCCAAUGUCUACGCGUUCAAACCAGGCCUAUCAUACUCUUCAAAAAUGUGGUGCUCCAUAUUAAGUUAUGUACAUAUUGUCAUAUUGAUAAUCUUUGCCGCCCGAUGCUUAUCUCGGUUUCAACAUGGCUUUCAUACGUUUGUGUAGGAGCUUUAAAAUAACACUAGUUAUUCCAACUUUAAUUUAUUACACUAUAACCUGAAAAUUUAUGAGACUUUGUGAUUAAUUCAGACAUAGUAUGUGAAUUUCUCAAGAUUACGGCAAUUUCAUCAAAGCGUAUGUAUAUGGCAAAUUAUUGGCAUUUGUUGCAUUCAAUAGUAUGUGUAAGGGCCAAAUGGUCAGGUUAUAUUUUUAAAGACUCGUGUUAAAUAUUUUCAAAUUAUUAUUUUUUUUAUCAUGGUAUAGUUUAAAAGUUAUUGAAAUAUGUUUGCUUCUAACAUACGAGUCAUGUGAAAAUGAUUAGAUACAUAGCCUACAUGUUUCCUGUCUGUACGUGACUACCAGUACUACUAGACCAUUUUUUGUUUGGGACGGGUAAAUUGUGCGAGGAAUCUUUCAAAUUUAAAACUGUUUAUCAAAAAGAUAUUUAACUUAACGCAUUAUUGAUAUUCAUUUUUAUCCAUGCUAAACGCAGUUCUUGUGGAAAAAAAUUUCACUGGCCGCUGCUUUUCUUAAAACUACUUUUUAGCUGCACAUUUAUUUCGUUUUUCGUUUUCUGCUGUACUCGUUGUUCCGAUUAUUCCUUCUUUUUUAAAAGGCAAACUUACUAACGUGGCCGCGACCGUCAAGUCACUUCUCCACGCUAAGUAAGACUUUAGAAUACAUACAUUUACACAUGAUAUUAUUAUUUUCGUAUUAUUUUAUAUACAUUUUAUGUACUUAGCCAUUAGUUUGCUUUUAUAUGAACUUUUAGAGAUUUGGGUGCUAUAUGACUCAUGUCUUUGUUAGUUCAAGAAGUACGAGGAGUACGAUGAUUGCACAACAUCGUGCUUGCCAGUAAAAACGCACAGAAGCAAUUAAAAAAAAGAAAGAAAAUGAAACGUGAGUGUGGAACCACUCAAGACAAUCUAGAUAUUAAAAUUUGAUAUGAAUGUAAAAGUUGCUUAUGCACAAUGUUGAGUUUUGGGUAGUUUUUCUGUUAGUUACACAUUUUCAGUCAGGAAAAAUCACUGAAUUUAUUGAAAGUCCAAGAAUGUUGGCCAUGGAACUACGCAAAAUCCUAAUUGGCCGAAGGGAGUAGCAUUUUAUAGUUUCAUAUCUAGCAGGGGGGGGGGGGGGGGGGGGGGUCCAAAAUUGAAAAUUCCCCCCCCCCCCCCGGUCCCCUACUUGAGGGGAGCCCCCAAAGGAGUGUCCGAAUUUUUUUUUGUACAUUAAUAAUGAAUGUCAAAAUACAGGGGCCCCUAAAGAGGCCAAGCCCCCUGGGCCCCAAAAUCCCUAUCUAUGCCACUGAUAUCUAGGUUCCAAUACAUUAACAUUUAUAUUUUGGGCUUUGUCUAUUUUCAACCAUGUCAGACCAUGAUUCUUUUUCUUUCUUCAAAUCGAAUUAAGCAUCAAUGAUAAAACUGUCCCUCUCCUAAAAAAGCCAUCUUUUGUUUUGUUAGGCCUUCCUGAACUUACUCCUUUCAGAAAAGCUAUUCUGAUUUCCCUAACUGAACUAAAGGGCCAUCUAUGAAUGUCAAACAUGUAAUGUAAUAGUAAUGUAAGGAAGUGGCCAUGAAUUUGUGAUGAAGUAUUAUGUGGGUGGCUUAAAUUUUUUGAGGAUGUGGGGAGAGUGAUCCUGAUUUAUGAAUCCCCUAAAAACUGACUUUUGGCCUAAAUCUCAGUGUCCGUAGGUCAAAUCCACUUUUGUGAUAAAAUUUGACCCUAGUUAGUUGACCACAGACAAUAUUUCAUAACGGUAUUAACUUUUCUAGUAAAAUUGCGAUAAAAAACAAAUUCCUUACACUUUGAAAAAUGUAAACACAGGAAGAGGACAUGGAAAUAUUGAUUUGGACCAAGUACAGAAAUAUUUAUAUCAAAUCCCAAAAUUACGAGUCACUAUGAAACGCCACAUAGACUGGCUUGCGUCAAAACUUAACUGGCGGAAAGCCAGGUAGACUGGCGUGUCAGACUUUUAAGAGUUAAUUAAGUGGAACAUAAAUUUCAAAAUUUCCUGCUUGCCAAAUUUUCAUGAAAACAUGUCCCUGGGGCCUUAAACAAUUGCCAUACAUUGAGAUUGACUAGAAUAGAUAUGUCCUUCCUAAAUCCUGUAGUUUCAUAUUCUCCGGAUUUGUAUGUGUUGCAACACAUUUAUUACAGCCACGACCCAUUUCUGACAUGCAGUUUUAGAACUAUUAAAUGUCCUUUAGUCUAGUGUAUUUUGAAGUGGUGGUCUGUGGACCAAUACUGGUCUGCACCUUAUGUUGCCGGUCUUCAUAUUCACAACACAUAAUUAUAAUAAUAUGAGUAAAAAUUACUGGAAAAAUAAGUUAAAGUAGCCAUCACUCUUCACAUUCAAAAUUUAGAUUGUGAGACAUGACAUGCACCGUCAUAGUCAUACUUCAUGUAAUGCUAUGCUCUUAAUAGGCCUUAAAUAUAUAUAUUAAAAACUUCUAGGCCUAUUGAAGCUUUAAUUUAACGCUAGCAUUAGAAAUUAGAUUAACGUCCAAUUGGCUGAUCACUGAUUAAAUAUUUUGACAUUUAUGGUCACAUAAAAAUAUAGGCUAAUAAAUAUGGCACUGGGAAACUGGUCCACUAGACAAUGCUUUAUAUUAGACUUUCUGCUAAGUCAUAGCUUUUUUGUCAUAUAAAGUUAGUUAUACCUACUAAUUCCAUAUCAAUAAGUAUGAAUUAGGAGUAUUAUUAUAUAUCAUUGACUAUGUCUGUAUUAUUAAGAGCAUUAUAAAGCUAACAAACUAAAUCUAACUCGGUGCAUACUUAAUGCAGAAAAUAAACUUGUGUAUUAUAUAAUAUAUGAUAAUUUAACUGAAUUAAAAAUUGUUGGUAAUGAUGUAAAUUUGAAUGUAAGACAUUGAAUUUUUAAUAAGUUAUAAGGUUAAAAAUGUUAACUAAAUCUAACUCAAACAGUGCAUACUUAAUGCUCGGUGUUAACUUUUUGAUUUGAUACAAAUGCUGUUAUGAAAAUAAAUUUGUAUAUUAUUAUAUAAUAAAUGGAUUAAUGGAACAGAAGUAAAUAGCCUACUCUAAAGAAAUGGCAUAUUAAGUGUCCUUUGUACACAAUUAGGCACAGCUAGAUUUCAAAUUAGGUUUCCAUAAUUUAAGGGAAAGUUAUCAUUUAUUAUUCUUUUUUCUUAAAAUUCUUUUGAAAUAAACUUUUAAAAAAACGUUUACUCACUUUCUUUCAGAUAAGAAGUGCCCAGAAAUCUCUCCAACUGGUGGAGACGCACACUGAGGCUAGUAAAAACACUAGAAAAUAAAGCAUGGAGAAUAACAAUGCUAUUGCAGCUCAAGGCCCAGAUGAUGAGGCCAAGAUUGAGAAUGUAAAACCCACUGCUGAUGAAGAAGAGUCCCCUGAUAAGGACAGGGGUAACCGUCAGCGCAGGCGACCAUAUCGUCGGGAAAUUCACCCAGAAGAUGGUAGGUGUCAAUGUAUAUUAUUUUUUCUUCAAGUUGUAUUUGAAAAAAAUAGUACAAUUGUUCCACUUAGACUGAGCUUGUUUGUAUUUAACACAUUUGAUUAGACUGUUUCCAAUGCUAACUUUAAAAAAAAAAUAUGCUGUGGUCAAGUUUUUACAUCAACUUUUUAAUGUGGAUUUUCAGAGACUGGGAAAUGGGCUAUUCGAAGAAAGAUUUGGGACUACCUGGAAGACAACAACAAGGUCAAUAUGCCCAGACCCUGCCAUUACCGCAUACCCAAUUUUGAGGUCAGUUGAAAGAAUGUUUUAGAAUUUUCAUAAAGUUCUUUGUUGUUCACAUUAGAAAAAUAUGAUAUUAUAUUAAUAGUUUAUUAAAAUUGGCACAUUGUCUUAUUUUCUUCACAGAAUGCGGCAGUUGCCAAUGAUAAACUAACUUCCCUAGAGGCAUUUAAAAAGGCAAAAACAGUGAAGGUGAAUCCUGAUAAGCCCCAGGAGCAGGCAAGGUUUCUAGUACUUGAGGUGAGUGAAAUGAGUGGGUUUUUUGUUAAACUGGUCUUUGGACCCCACUUCACUGAAAUGAGUAUAUAAGAACCAUUUAUAAAGAGAAAAAAAUCUGAACAUUUUGAGAUGUUCUGAUCAAUGGAUUAGAUUGACUCCUGCUAUAGGUAAUAAAGAAAAUAGCUAGUUGACGUGAGUAGACAUGUUAUACAUUAUUUAAGUCUUUGCCAUAAGUUGAUUCUGAUGGAUUUAGAAUAGGAAUCAUCCUCAUUUGUGUGGGAUGGGAGGAUGUAUAUUGAUUUUUAUUUUUAUCUACAAAACUGUAUAGGUUACAUUUAAAAGUUGCAUAUGGCCUUGUGAAGAUGGCUGACACUAACUUUUCAAUCUAAAUAUUAGACGUUUUGAGAAAAGUGACUGAUAAUCUGAUUUUUUGGUAGUUCCAUGAUCUAAGUGUGAGUGUAUUUCAACCCAUUACUUUUUUUUUCAUUUGUGCAUUUAGGCUGGAAAAGAACUUGUUCUUCUUAAUCAGGUAUUAUAUUAUUUCUAUUUGUUUGAAACUUAGUUGCUUUUUUUUUUUUAAUUAAAAAAAAUUUUCCUAGUGUAAUUAUAUAGGCCUAUCUAUUAUAUUCAAAUAUAUUGUUUUUUAAAUUGUUUUCAUAGACUUUCUUAAGUUUGAAAUAGGCGUCGGCCACAUUUGUUAAAUAAAUGUUUUCAUGUUUAUAAAGACACAGAGAAAUCUGCAAUCACCUCCUCCCCAAGUUCGUACCGGUCUCCUCAAUCGUGUGAUCCCUCCAGAAGGUGCUGAUAAGGAGAAGCUGCGUCAUUGCUGCACCUCUCAGGUUAAUAAUUUAUAUAUUUUAUAUAUAAUUUUUAUAUUUAAUUAAUUUGACAAUUUUCGUCAAUCUUUUUAAGUGUAAUCCUGUUUAUCUGUGAGAUGUUAGAUCCAAAAGUUAAACGUUUGCGUAAUUUUAUUUAAAGGGUGUAAAGGAACACAGUAAAGAGAUUGAACUAGAAGAAAAGGUCAAGAUUGACUUAGUAGUGGUUGGAAGCGUGGCAGUCUCAAGGAAAGGUAUGACUUUCAUUUAACAUUGUUUUAGUUAUUUAAGUCAUGCAGGUGAUGAUGAUAAAUGGGACGUAAUUCUGAAUAUGUGAGGAAUCAUUUAUCUGAUGCAUUGUUGUCGUGUAAAGAAUUUAUCUUUUCAUAUUAAAAAAUUUGAGGGUAGGCUGCAAUGAUGCAUCAAAAUUUUUUGUAUUGUAGGAUUCCGCAUUGGCAAAGGGAAAGGUUUUGCUGAUCUGGAGUAUGCCAUGAUGAGAACAAUGGGAGCUAUUGAUGCCAGCACUAUUGUGGUCACAUCUGUACAUGACUCACAGGUUGUGGACAUACCGGAGGAAUUGGUAAGUUAUAUGCUAAUAUUAAAUUUUAACAAUGCAAGUGAUGAUGAUAAAUGGGACGUAAUUCUGAAUAUUUUUGUUGAUUCAUUUAUCUGAUGCAUUAUUAGCAAGUCACAAGGACAAAUUGCUUUUGAAAUAAUUAAAAUAUUUGUUAAUCUCUUCAGGCAUUGUAAGACUUCAAGUUUUCAAUUUUUAAACAUUCUAGGUUGAUGAACACGACAUGACAGUGGACUUCAUCUUGACCCCAACUGAGCUUAUUGAGACAAAUUGCAAUAGGCCUAAACCAGCUGGUGUAAUCUGGAACCAUCUGGAGGUCAACAAAUUCUUUCAGGUUGGUACCACACUUGACUUUCUGCAUAGCUCUUGGUCUUUUAUUUACUUUAAAUAUAAUCAAAAUCAAAUUUAAACAUCCACAUUAUAUAUUUUCAAAGGUAUUCUGUGUUUCUACAAAGAUAUCUUUGUAGUAAGGGCUAAUGCUAUGUAUUUUAUUCGAUAUAGAUCCCAGUACUGAAGCAACUGAGAGACAUUGAAAGGGAAAAUGGCAAAAUUGUUCUGCUAAAGGGACAAGAGAAUGAAGAAGAGGAUCCCCUUGAGAAUGCUGAACCACCUCGCCCCCGUAGGUACAGACGUUAUCCACAGGGAGGAGGAUUUAGAGGACGUGGAAGGCCUUACAGGUAAUUGUGUUUUUGAAUAACUUAGCUUUUCAAUUUACCUUUGGUUUAUUUAUGUCAUUAAGUUUUCAUUUUGUUACUUUAAAAAGUUUCAUUUGUAUUUAUAUUAGUACUGAUGUGGCUCUCGGUUAAGAUUUAUUAGAAAUGAGUUAUUUAUUUUUUUCUUAGUGCAAAUGAUGAUGAUAAAUGGGACGUAAUUCUGAUUGAUCUGAGGAUUCAUUUAUCUGAUGCACAAGCUGAUUUAAUAAGAUUUGCUUGACCCUGAAAUUUUAGAUAGCAGACUUAUUUCUCUGAAGUGAAUGUUGAAGACAAUGAUUUAAUUGUGCCUGCAUCAUCUUGUUAUCUCACCUUGGUUUGAAAUGUUUAUUUUAGUAUUUAAAAAAUCUUGAGUUUGGUGAUUUCUUUAAACUCAACUGAGAGCAAUCCGGUAAUAAAUUAUUUUUUAUACCGUGUUACAAUUAGAUGAAAUGGUAUGACAUAAUAUAUAUGAUACAAAUUAUAGCUUCACAAAUUGGCUAAACAUAAUUUGUUUGUUAUACAAAUAAUGGCUUCAAUCCAAGUAUUCAAACAAAUGAAUGCAUCAAAAUGGGUUUAUUUUUAGAACAAAAUUAGAAAGGUUAAUGACAUUCACAUGCCAAACUUUCCUAUGUUUGAGCAAAUAAAAUUUACAGCAGACUAAGAUUGUUCCUUCAUGCUAUUUAAUUAAAUCUGCCUGUAGAAGUAAUGGAAGUAAACCGGUUAUUUCUUAGUGUGCCUGACCCAAAUGAUAAGGUAAUUAAAAGUUUAUAUUUAUAAAUUUAGAUUCAGGAGAGGUGGUGGUCGACGAAGAGAAGGGGGAGAUGACAGCAAUAAAGAGAAUGUAGAGACUGGAGAUGAAUCUGGAGCAGAUGGUGACAAUGAUGGGCGAGGAAGACGCAGAAAUUACCGUAACAGAAGAUUUAGGCGUGGGGGCAAACCUCGUGCUUCUGAGUCUGAACACAGUGAUGGUGGUGGUGAAGGUGGUCAGGGAGAUGGGGAGGACAAGAACCGCCAACGGAGGUAGUAAUUUGUUCAGGUCUUUUGCUCUUUGUUGGAUUUAUUUACUGCUAAAUUGCCAUGUGUGUUCCAUUGUCAACCUCAUUAUUUUAUGAAUUCAGAUACCCACAACGUCGUCGCUUCCAGCGCAGGCGUCGUUAUGACGGUGGCAGCCGUAGAGAUAACAGGGCUGGUGGGGACCACUCUGGGAGUGAUGGGGAGCAGAAGACUUCAGGAGAUGAAGAUGGUGAAGGUAAGAUGGUAUUUGUGUUCUUAAUUUUUUCCAUUAGUGCAAAUGAUGAUUUUAUAUGGGACGUAAUUCUGAAAUAUUUUGAAGAUCCAUUUAUCUGAUGCACGCUUAAAAAUUUAUCUUCUUUUUCUCACCAAGUCCUUUCAGGUAGUAGUGUGUAUGUUUCUUAGUUGGGUCUAACGCCUUUUUUGGGAUGUGCAAUUACUACUCUAUUAUUAUUUUACAAGUCUCAAAUUUUUGCUCCAAUAGAAAUUGAUGCUUAUGGGUAAUUUUAAUUUUUAUGUUUCCCAACUUAAGUGGUCUGCAUUCCCUUUGAAUUGUGACAAUGCAUUUUAAUAUAGAAAAAUAAAUAUUCUAUGUUAAUUGAAUUAAGGAAAGAACUGUAGAGCUUAGAAAAUGAACUGGUGACUUAAUCCAUAAACCAUAAUGUUUAAUAAAGAAAUGUUUAAAAAAAAUAUGCAAAUAUUUGUGUCAUAAUUUUAGUCCAUUACCUGUAGUCUUUUCUUUUUAAAAAAAUAACCGUUCCUUGCACCCUCUGAAUUGUCACCUUACUGGCACCCAGGUUGUUUCUUUAAUAUGGGGACAUGGAUCAAAUGAAAGUGGCACUUUUUGAAAACCUUAAUUUAUAAUUUAUAAUUUAUUUUUUUUAUGUAUUAACCCUUCUAGAACUGACCUACUUUUUUUGCUAUGUAUAGCCUAAGUAACAGCUAUUAUUUUGCUAAUUAUUCCCUGUGGCCCUGACAUUUUUUAGAAUAAGCCAACAUUUGAUAUGUUUGCAGAUUAUUUUAUAACUUUUUUUGUUUUAAGCAAUGGAUAACAUGUAGAGAACAUGUUCAGAACUGGAUGAGGGUGUUAAAAAUACUAAGGUAUUUUGUUCACACUUUUCAUUGGCAAUGGUACAAUAGGGGAUUGUGUGGCCAGCACACUGCCCAGCCGCUUUUACUCCAGUUGAUCAUCUAAAUAAAUUUAUACGUUGACACUUGGUCUAAAACCUGUCAAUCCUACAGGCGCCUGUAAAUUUUGAGCUAUGGUAGACCUACUUCAGCAAUUUCACCCCCCUCAUCCUCAUCAGCACCAGAAUCAUUUAAUCUCAAUAAUAGUUUAAAAACAAAAGGUUUCAUUAAGUGGUUCAUAAGUCAUCCCCAAUAUCGCUAGGUAGCGACAUGGAAACAACAAAUACAUAUCAGCACAAAAAACUCAUGGUUGAUUUUCAUUAUUCAAAAGGCAAAAUCAAAUUUGACUAUUCCCCUAACAUUCUGUCCGAGACUGUGGUAAAAUGUUAUAUCCUCGUUUUUGUGUUUAUAUUGGAUACCCUUCUGUGUGGGACCCUAUAAAAAAAAAAGGUACACUUUGGUCACAGGGAAAAAAAGUAGGUCACUGCAAAUGGCCUCAUGCUGUAAGGGUUAAGAUCUGUUCCUUUCAUAACUUCCUAUUAGGUCGUAGACCCCAACGCCAGAGGUUCAGGACCAACCCAGAUGCAAUUGUAUGGGUCGGUGGACUCUCUCGUCGUCUGCGUGUCAGUGAACUGAAGACAGAGCUCCGUUCCAUGAAUGUGAACCCUCUUCGUUUAGUUUGGCGCGGAGCCCGUGGCUUUGCAUUUCUUCACUUUCAAACGACAGACACUGCUAAAGAAGCGGUUGAUGCUCUAGGAGGCAAAGAACUAGAUGGAAGGGAAGUAAAGGUAUGUAUCAUACAUGAUAGUGCAUGCAUGGUCAUGCACCAUACGUGAUAGUGGCUCUGCCUUAAGCAGGUGGGUGAGUGAACAUGAAUUUUUACAUAUUUGGUGUUUUUUUGUGUGCAUGUGACUAUAGCAAUCAAUUUUCUAAAAUUUCUCCAGGUUGAGAUGGCAAAUAAUGAUCGCCCACCUCGUCGCAGAGGAGGUGACUCACGUAGUGAGAAAACAGAUAACCAUUCUUCUGAACCCCUAGAAGGUGGAGAUAGGUAA